AUGGAACUUAACCGAGAACAUUUUCGCGUCAUAAUUUAUUACAACUUUCAGAGACAAUUAUCGCAACAAGAAUGCCUUGCUGAGUUACUGUCUGUUUUCGAAAACGAAGCGCCACAUCAGUCGACAAUUUCCCGUUGGUAUGGGGAAUUCAAACGUGGACGGGUGAGUCUUAGCGACGAUGCCAGGGUGGGUGCACCAAAAACAGCAGACACCCAGAAAAACGUCGAUGCUGUGCGCAAACUCAUCAUUGAAGAUAGACAUGUGACAUAUCGCGAGGACUCCUCCUUGAAGAUCUCAAAGACCUCAAUUCAAAAAAUUUUACAUGAAGAAUUAGGAGUAAGAAAAUUAGUUUCUCGUUGGAUACCCCACCUGUUGACUGAAGAGCAGAAAGCAGCCAGGGUUAAUUGGUGUCAAAAAACGCUUAACCGUUUCAAUUCCAGAAACUCAAAAAAUAAGAUAAAUUGGUAUACCACCAUUUGUUUGCCAAAAGUCAGCAUCGAGCUUCGAAAAAUCAACCCCGAAGGAAGAAUCAUCCACCACCAAGACAAUGCAAGCUCGCACACAGCCCAAAAUAUAAGGCAGUAUUUAAAGGAAGAAAAAGUGGAAUUAUUGGACUAUCCUCCAUAUAGUCCCGAUCCAUGUACUAACGAUUUCAUUACUUUCCCGAAAAUUAAAAACAGUCUGCGUGGUCAAAGGUUCCAGUCACCAGAAGAAGCAGUUGACGCAUUCAAAAAUGCCGUUUUGGAUCUGCCAGCAAACGAGUGGAAUCAGUUCUUCGAAAAUUGGUUCGAGCGCAUGCAGAUGUGUAUUAAUCUUCGUGGAGAAUACUUCGAAAAACAAUAG